AUGGCGACUCUCAUGGAGGAUUUCGAACAGCAAUAUGCCAUACUUUCAGCUGAAAUUACCACGAAAAUAUCGUCGCUAUCCACCGCAGGCGAUGUCGAUCGGAACAGUAAUGUCCGAGGAACCGAGAAGUUGCUCGAUGAGGCGAAUGAGCUCCUUGAGCAGAUGGAACUUGAAGUUCAAUCCAUGGUUCCAGAACUCAAGUCGAAGUACGCCAACCGGGUGAGAAGCUAUCAGGUCGAAUUGAAGAGACUCAAACAGGAAUACCUCGACGCGAAAUCGACAUCUCGGGUGGAUUUAUAUUCAUCGAGAGAAAGCGGAGACUUCCCCAUCGACGACAAAGCCCAGUUGCUGGAUACUACAGAGAGGCUCGAGAGGAGCACGAGACAGUUGCGGGCGGGUCGGCAACUCGCUGUGGAGACGGAACAAGUUGGAGCAGAGAUCCUCGGGGAGCUCGGAAACCAGCGGGAAGUGAUCACUCGAGCAAGAGAGCGGAUGAGAGAAACGAGCCACGAAGUCGGGCGCAGUUCUCAGCUAUUAACGUCCAUGCUUCGGAAAGCGUUCCAGAAUCGUAUCGCUGGUCAGCUGGCCAUUGGGACAGUGGUGUUCGUUUUAGUUCUCGUCGUCAUACUCAGUAUCAAGAAUCAUAUCUAAAUGAGGUCACAUAUUUCUCGGGACCCAGUUCCAAUUGUACAUAUACACGAAGUUAUUUCUUGAGCAACGCAGAGAAAUGCCCUCGCGCACCGGGCAGCUUUCGAAGAAGGUCACUGUUUCCCCUAGUCUAGUGCUGCAGAGCCCGAUGCCCGGAUUUCGCCCGAUGCUCGCCGUUCAUCGCUUCAAUUGAACCCUUCCAAUGGACCGGGAAGAAGACCACGUGUCCGAGCUCUGGAUCCAUGUGGUGUUCGGGACAACUAUUUUUCUCAAGAAUCCCUCGAUUUAAAAUUAUUCCAUGUUCGAAUGGAACUGGGAAAAAUAGAGCGUGCUGCUAUUGGAAUAAAUCGGGAUACGAUGGUCUCGC